GCGUCCAGCAAAGAGAAGGAAGCCGGCGACCUUGCGCUCUCAGCCUGAUCCGUCUCAGGCGGCCUGAACUUUCGCAGCUGAAGCGAUGGCGUUUGUGAAGAGCGGGUGGUUGCUUCGACAAAGUACUAUUUUGAAGCGCUGGAAGAAGAAUUGGUUUGACCUGUGGUCAGAUGGGCACCUGAUCUAUUAUGAUGACCAGACCCGGCAGAGUAUAGAGGAUAAGGUCCACAUGCCUGUGGACUGCAUCAAUAUCCGCAUGGGGCAUGAGUGUCGCGACAUCCAGCCUCCAGAUGGGAAGCCCAAAGACUGUGUGCUGCAGAUCGUCUGCCGAGAUGGGAAGACUGUCAGCCUCUGUGCAGAGAGCGCCGACGACUGCCUGGCGUGGAAGUUCACACUGCAGGAUUCCAGAACAAACACAGCUUACGUUGGCUCAGCAAUCCUGUCUGAAGAGACUGCCGUGGCCGCCUCGCCGCCCCCCUACGCCGCCUAUGCUGCACCGACCCCCGAGGUCUAUGGCUAUGGUCCAUACAGCGGCGCAUACCCAGCAGGAAGUCCAGUCGUCUAUGCUGCCAAUGGGCAGGCAUAUGCCAUGCCGUACCAGUACCCAUAUGCAGGAGUUUAUGGACAACAGCCUGCCAGUCAAGUCAUCAUCCGUGAGCGGUACCGAGAUAAUGACAGUGACCUGGCCCUGGGCAUGCUUGCUGGGGCAGCCACAGGCAUGGCCCUGGGGUCUCUGUUUUGGGUCUUCUAGAGCCUUCAAGUUGUUCAGUGCAUAGCUUCUUUUAGUCCUGUGUGCAAUAAUUUGAUUUGCAGGGCAUUUCUAUUUGUGACGUGUGUCUUCUGUAAUAAUUUCAAUAGUUCUUUGGAAGGUGGUAAUCUGAUGGUUGUGGUUGACCGGCAUGGUACUGAAGUUCGCAGGGACUGAGAACCUGAGUUCUUCAGGGUACUGGCUUGCACCAAGUCUUUCUUCUGGACUCUCAGAUGGCUUUGUGUAAACACACCCAUUUAAAAGGAAAUUUCCUAUUCAGUUAGGUGCAGCAC